AUAAUGUUUAUAUUGUGUUUAUUUUUUUUUCUCCGAAUAUAAGUGGGAUUGAGAUCGGCCUUCAAAAUAUUCCGAUUUCCUAUGCAAUUAUUGUUGUGUUUCCGCGGUCCUUAAAUUAUCACGGUUUGAUCCCUCAAACGCGUGUUUUAAUUGAGUAAAAUCACGAUUAGGUAGUUGCUGUGCCGAUUUUUAUUUCCAGUGUUUAAGAAAUAUUGUGUACGUCCAUUGCUGCAGUUUAAAAGAACAUCGGGAAACAUGGCCGAGGUUAAGCCCGCCACCAGUCAACUACAACCAAUCGUCAAAAUAGGUCAUUAUAUACUUGGACAGACACUCGGUGUUGGUACGUUUGGUAAAGUGAAAAUCGGCGAACAUCAGCUCACCAAACACAAGGUGGCUGUCAAAAUACUCAAUAGACAGAAGAUUAAAAGUCUGGAUGUUGUUGGAAAAAUACGUCGAGAAAUUCAAAAUCUCAAACUCUUCCGUCAUCCUCACAUCAUUAAAUUGUAUCAAGUUAUCAGCACACCUACUGAUAUAUUCAUGAUAAUGGAGUAUGUGUCUGGUGGAGAACUAUUUGAUUAUAUAGUAAAACAUGGUAAACUUAAGGAAUUUGAAGCUCGUCGUUUCUUUCAACAAAUCAUAUCUGGCGUUGACUAUUGUCAUAGACACAUGAUUGUACACAGAGAUUUAAAACCAGAAAACUUAUUAUUAGAUCAUAAUCUACAUGUUAAAAUUGCUGAUUUUGGCUUAUCCAAUAUGAUGAUGGAUGGAGAAUUUUUAAGAACUAGCUGUGGAUCACCUAACUAUGCUGCACCAGAAGUUAUUUCAGGAAAAUUGUACGCUGGACCUGAGGUAGAUAUUUGGUCAUGUGGUGUUAUUUUAUAUGCAUUAUUAUGUGGUUCUUUGCCUUUUGAUGAUGAACAUGUGCCAACUUUAUUUCGAAAAAUUAAAUCUGGUAUCUUUCCUAUACCCGAUUAUUUGAAUAAAUCUGUUGUUAGUUUACUAUGUCAUAUGUUACAAGUAGAUCCAAUGAAAAGAGCGUCUAUUGAAGAUAUUAAAAAACAUGAAUGGUUUCAGCACGAACUACCUGCAUAUCUUUUCCCUUCACCAGUUGAUCGAGACUCUUCAGUGAUUGAUACAGAUGCGGUUAAUGAAGUUUGUGAAAAAUUUAGUGUAAAAGACUCUGAAGUUCACAAUGCUUUAUUGAGUGGCGAUCCACAUGAUCAAUUAGGUAUUGCCUAUCAUUUAAUAAUUGAUAAUAAACGAAUCGCCGAUGAAGCAGCUAAAGCAGAAUUAAAAGAUUUUUAUAUUGCUAGUAGUCCACCUCCAACAGGUGGAAGUCUGGAGCCAUCAACUUUAAAUGCAGUUGCAAAACCACAUCCUGAAAGAAUAAUAUCUCAAAGAGAACGUGCUCAAUCUAUAGAUCAAGGUGCUCGAGGAUCUCCAAUGAAACGAGCUAAAUGGCAUUUAGGCAUAAGAUCUCAAAGCAGACCUACAGAUAUUAUGAAUGAAGUAUAUAGAGCAAUGAAAGCAUUGAAUUUUCAAUGGAAAGUAAUAAAUCCUUACCAUGUCCAAGUACGACACAUGAAUCAAAAAACUGAUAAUUAUAUCAUGAUCUCACUGCAACUGUAUCAAGUGGACUACAAAAGCUAUUUGUUGGAUUUUAAGAGUUUAACAAACGAUCAGUUAGAAAAUGGAAAUUUACCUGCACCAACUUUAGAAGUUGAAAAUCAAUCUCCAAGACAAGAUGUUGUUGUACAGCCACAAAAAAAGUGCUCAGGACAUCAUACAAUGGAGUUUUUUGAAAUGUGUGCAUCUUUGAUUACCCAACUUGCCCAUUGAUUAGUAAAUUCAAGUAUCUGUUUUAAUUAUUUAAUGUGAGUAUAUACCAAAUUGUUAAAGAAGUAAAUGUAAAUGUAAUCCUCAGACAAGCAGUUAGUUGUUUUUUGCUGUACCAAUAAAUGUCAUCUUUUGCUUUAUGAAGUUUAUGGCAGCAUAUCGAUGUAAACUUGACCAUUUAGUAUUCUAUCCAGUCUAUCUACCAGAGAACAUAUAAGGUUGGAUUAGGGGUACGUAGAAUGAGAUCUGUCGGUCAAAUAUGAUGUCUUAUUCCCCCUCCAUGUUACCAUAUAACAUACUUGCAUUCUAUUCAAAUUUAGUGGAAUGCAUUGUAGGCAACAUUGUAAUGUGGGAUGUACCAUAACCGAUAAGUUCUCUUGUGGGACAGAGUUUAGUGACACAGCAUUUGAAUGGUCCUGUAGAUAUAUAUUUUAUGAUUGGUCUAAUAAGUGUUAACAUUGUAUGUACUUUUAUUUCAAGAUUUAUUCAUAUUGUGUUUAUCUUGAGGGAAAUAUCAUAGCUAUACUAAAAUCUCAAAUUUUUAAUAAGAUAAUAUACUCUAAAAAUGUAUUUUUACAAUUUAUAUUUGAAAAUUAAGUGCCUAUUGUUAUACUUAUUGAAAAUUAGUAUGUAUUACUAAAAGUUUUAUGUUUAGAUUUUAGAACAUGUAAACAUAAAAUCAAAUUUCAGGCAUGUAAAUAAUGAAGAAAAACAACAAUUUAAACAUACUGUUUAUUUUAUUAGAAGUGUAAUUCAUUAUUUUUGUAUAACAAAAUCAUUUUUAUAGCGCUUCUAUCGAGUUUGUAAUAAUUACCGAGUGAUAA